UCUCACUACCAACAAUAUGGAAUGCUUUGUUGAUAAAUAGUCUCAAACUACAGCCACACAAGUUCUUCAUUAUCUAUGAGACAGAAAAAUAUCUUGACGAUGCCUUGUCAAAAUUGUUGGUUGGCACUCAAAUUCCAGAAUUGUAAAUAAGAUAAGAACUUCAUCAUUCAUGUAGUCUCUUGUUUGUUUGAUACUAUUGUUUGGCUUCUUUAGAUAGAGAGCUACAGACAGAUUGUUUAUGUGAUUAAAACAAACCAAAAAUUAGAAGAUAGACAAAAAAAAAAUUAAUGGCCGAGCUUGCAGUGCGUUCUGUAGUCCAGAAACUUGGUAAUCUGAUAGUGCAAGAAGCCAUGGAUUUGCAUGGAGUGAGAGAUCAAGUGGAGUGGUUGGAACGAGAAUUGCGGCGAAUGCAGUGCUUCUUAAAGGAUGCAGAUGCAAAGAAGAACAAGGGAGGUAUUGAUGGUGAGAGGGUGAAGAACUGGGUCACAGAGAUGAGAGACGUUGCUUUCGAAGCCGAGGACAUCAUUGACUCUUACAUGGAUUUAAAGCUCCGUGGACAACAAAAGGAUGGCUGCAUUGGUUUCCUUGAACGGUAUAUGUUUAUUCUUGUUGAAUUAAUUGGCCUGCACAAGGUUCAUGUGGAUCUUAAAGGGGUGAAAGUUAGGAUGCAUGAGCUAUCUGAAAGUAGAACAUCAUAUGGAAUUGCUAAUAUAGGGUGA